AUGAAGAAGCUGAUCAACCACUCGAUCAAUUUGAGCAACUUUGUAUUUGUAUUACUCAUAUUAUUAAUAUGCAAUUACUAUCAUGAUCACGUUGAAGCCUCGGAAUCAUUAAAAGUUUGCAAACCUAAUGGAAAAAUCCGAGGAAAAAAGCCUCCUCCAGGCAAAUGCAAUCGAGAUAAUGAUUCCGAAUGUUGCAACCAAGGUCAAUUAUACUCCACCUACAAAUGCUCCCCUACUGUAACUUCUAAAACUCAAGCAAUUCUAACCUUAAACGGUUUUCAAAAAGACCAAGAUGGCGGUUCCCCUUCUGAAUGUGACAACAAGUACCACUCAAACGACAUCCCCAUAGUUGCCCUUUCUACCGGAUGGUAUAACAACGGGAAGAGGUGCCACAAUUAUAUAAUUGUUAGCGCCAAUAAUGGACGAAGCGUUAAGGCUAUGGUUGUAGACGAGUGCGACUCGACUUUAGGGUGUGAUGAGGAUCACGAUUACCAACCGCCUUGUGACAACAAUAUCGUUGAUGCAUCUAGAGCUGUGUGGAAAGCGUUGGGCGUCCCUAAAAAUAAGCGGGGAUUCAUGAAUAUUACAUGGACCGAUGCUUGA